UUUAGAAAAAAAGGUCGUGCUCGGAAAAGUGGAAGGCGAAAGACCGCAGACCCCCCACUAGCCAGAUGAUCUGACCAAACUAAAGUAAAAGUGAGGCAAACUUUAUCAAGCGGUGAGGGCUACGGGAGAUCGAAACCGAUGAAAUUCGUGCGUCACCAUGGAGAAAUUCAUCUGUUGGUGCGCGCGUGUCAUGUAUGACUGCUCGGACAACUCCACUCAUCCGCACCUGCAAGGCAUAGGCCUCCUUAAACAUUCGGUUGGGCUCUGCCCAGAGAGCUGUUACAACUACAUGCCCCUUCGCCGUAGAAAUCAGCACCAGCCACGUGGCCAUCCAGCAUCAUAAGCACACACACACACACACUUCACCCCCAAAUCGAAGCCAAGUAGUCCUGUGGUGUAUUUGCAUGUGUGCGUCCGCGCGCACACAGGCGCGGCUACUUGUAAUGUACAAAAACCAGUAAUAAACGAGCAUCUAUCAGAUCCGGUUGUUUCACUAAAGUACUUGUAGAUACCUCACUGGCGACGAUCCGUGACUUACCCGCGUGUGUAUUUAAAAUAAUUGUUAUUUAUAAUGGCUACUACUUUUAUCGGAAAUUUAAGUCAUUUUGACCAUAACACCCAAGAAUGGGAAAUUUUCAGUAGUCGUUUGAAGCAGUUCAUUGUUUUAAACCAAAUUAAAGAUGAUAUGAGACAGGCAGUGCUACUGACACAUCUGCAUGACGAUACAUACCGGCUGUUGAAGAACCUUGUGUACCCGAGUAAGGUAGAAGAGGUCGGGUACGACGAGUUGUUAAGGGUGCUCGACGGUCAUUUUACUCCGAAGAGGUGUACCUUCGCUGAUAAGACCAAAUUCUACGAGGCUAUGCGUGACGUGGGGGAGAGUGUCGAGAAGUGGGCGGCUAGAAUCAGAGGACUCGCCGUACACUGCGAGUUUGGAAACUCGCUGGACAUGCUGCUGCGGGACAAGUUCGUGCUGGGGCUACGCGCCGGCAAGGAGCGCGAGCGACUCUUCGAGCAGGACGCCACCACGCUCACGCUGGCGAAGGCGAUGGAGCUGGCACAGCAGACGGAGUGCGCGCAGAAGGCACGCGCCAAUGCAGUGGCCGUGGCCGUGAAGCAGGAGCCGGUGUACCGGGCGGGCGCGCAGCCGUCCGCCGGCCGCCGGGACCCCGAGGCGAGGACCUGCUCGGUGUGCGGUAUGAGGAGCCACGACGAGAGUAGGUGCCGAUAUAAGUCCUACCGGUGCCAGCUGUGUGGUGAAAAGGGACACCUCAAGAAAGUGUGUACUUCCAAGAAGCAGUCCAAGAGUCGUGUGAACAAUGUUGAAGCGACAGAGUUCUCGGUAGAAGGUGGGGACUGCGAUAAUUGCAAGGAGUGUAAACUUCUAAGUUUAAGGUCUUACAAUUAACGGUGGAGAAAUGUGGUGUAUUUGCAUGUGUGCGUCCGCGCGCACACAGGCGCGGCUACUUGUAAUGUACAAAAACCAGUAAUAAACGAGCAUCUAUCAGA